AUGGGCAAGAAGUACCUCAUCCCUGUGCAGGAGGAGCACUCAUUGGACCCCCUAUGUUUCAUGGACAUUAUUGGUGUCCGCGACAACUUUGAUGCAACGCAAUUCUACCGCAAGCUGACCCAGCUCGGCGUCGAUGGUCUCGUCGCACUGUGUGGACAUCGAGGUAAAGCGCCCACACGAGGACACCGGACGAUCAAACUGUCAACACCCCUGGCCCAAAAUCGUCGGUAA